AUGCCCUGUUUAGCCGACUCCCGAAUCGGUCAUUCCAACACUCUGCACAAAGGCCUGCGGGCAUCAGCAUGGACAACGUGCACUGGAUACCUGGAAGCUUGGGCCCCAGGAGACUCGACACUGUGGGCCGUCUUGGGAAGGUACGUAGGUGCCUUAUACGGGAAUGCAGGUGAUGAUUGGCAUCAGCGUGUCGAGCAACUGAUUGACGUGCUCCGCGAAACCCCGCGGAAGCGGACGCUGAUUUUCGUCAACAGCCUUCACAACUGCCAUGUGCUGUUGCACUUCUUUCGCGACAACGGAUGGCCGGUGGUGAGCUUUAUGAAGGGACCUCGUGGUCGAAUGGGGCUUUGA